AUGAAGAGCGUACUGAUCUUUCUUUCUCUGUUAGGCCUGGCAGUGGCUGAUUGUCCUUCUGGAUGGUUUGGUGAUGGAGAUGGAAUGUGCUAUAAGAUAUUCGCAAACUUAACGGUGGAACCCACAGCUUCAGAAUCAUGUGAGUCCUUGGGAGGUUCACUGGUGAUGAUCCAAAAUGCUUUUACAGAAACACUUAUGUACUCACAACCAUAUACAACAAACGUUAUAUGGAUUGGGAUUAACUGCAGAGGUCAUGAUAUAACUACCUGUUACUAUGAAGAUGGAACUCAAUUGACCACUAGCUCUUACAACAACUUCUAUCCUGGAUAUCCGGACGUGAACAAAGGACUUUGCACUUAUAUGUCUUUGAAUGGAAUUAACACUGGUAAAUGGUACAACUUAGAUUGUGAUGGUCUCCAAUUCGGAUACGCUUGCCAGAAAUCAGAAAAAAAUUCGCCUACCCAAACAACUUUAACUUGUCCACCUGGUUAUUCUUCAUUCAACGGUUACUGUUAUAAGGUUUCUAUGGACAUCUUAUCAUAUGCUGAUGCCGAAUACGAUUGUAAUUUGAACUGUGGACAUAUUACAAGCAUCUUCUCUGACGAUGAAAACAACUAUGUCACACAAUUAGCACAAGCCAGUUCUGGUGGGAAUUUGUUUGCUCGUAUCGGACCUAAGUAUGAAAACGGUGUAUAUUGUAAUCCCUGCGGGCAGAACUGCUGUGGUCGUAUGAGUUAUUCCAAUUUUGCUCACUCUGAUACUGAGCUGGGAAAUUGUGUUGGUAUUGCUCUCACCAACGGUGUUGCUCAGAAAGGACAGUGGAUGAACACAUUCUGCGACAAACCUAUGCUUACUGUUUGCAAAACUGCUCCAAAUGCAUACCCUUGCGCUCCUCCUGCUCCAACAAUCCCACCUGUACACACGAACGCUUCUUACACCAGUUGUGCUAAACCAAUUUACUUUACUGAUAAUGGAACGGUACAUUCUAUUCCUAGAACAUCAAUAGAUCCUUGCACUUUCAUUAUUAGCGUAGGAAAAGGUCGUAGAGCUUCAAUUAUGUUCAAAGAGUUUAAAUUGGACAGCGCUAGCUCCAUUGAAUUAUACAAUGACUAUCUUGAGACUACACCGUUCAAAGUAUUGAGUUAUGGUGAUAACCCAGUUAGACAAACUUUCACUUCUCAUGAAGAAUCAAUGAAAAUAGUGUAUUCCUCAAGAUACGCAUCUUCGAACAGUACAUGGUCUUUCUCUUACGGACCAAACCUCAGCUCACCAACCCCAACCCCAGCUUACAGAGGAGAUGGAUGUAACAAUGGAGUACUUUCUUCUCCAGGAACAAUUACAAGUCCUAACUACCCUUCGAACUAUCCAAAGCACGCUGACUGUCAGUAUUCUUUGAAAUCCUACAGUGGUAGAAGAGUUUUCAUCUCAUUCUCGGAUGUUCGUACCGAAGCCUGGGAUAAGAUUAAUAUUUAUGAUGGAACUACAGCAAGUUCUCCUUUGAUUGGAAGCUUAUCCGGAUACUACCCAACAAACACAAACUACACAUCAACAGGCUCCUUCAUGUUCGUAACAUUCAAAGCUCUCUCUGAGUAUACAUACCCUGGAUUUGCAGCAACUUUUAAAUCCGUUUAG